CUCCUCCCAUUGGCCAGGAGCGACUCCGCCCUACUGCGCUCCAACAACGCUGCUGUGUGUCCUUCGCUAUGGCCGCCGUCAGGGCUCUAGUGGCGCCGAGGCUGGCUUCUGCGCUCGCACCGCUGCCGGGACGCCACCAUGAUCCCUCCCAGCGCGCUGCCCUUCACAGCUCCGCACCGCGGCCCGGGGCCAGGGUGGCGUUGGUGCUGUCGGGCUGCGGUGUCUAUGACGGAACCGAGAUCCACGAGGCCUCUGCGAUCCUGGUCCACCUGAGCCGAGGCGGGGCUGAGGUCCAGAUCUUUGCUCCUGAUGUCCCUCAGAUGCAUGUGAUUGACCACACCAAGGGACAGCCCUCUGAGGGCGAAAGCAGGAAUGUUUUGGCAGAAUCAGCAAGGAUUGCCCGAGGCAAGAUCACCAGCCUGGCCCAGCUCAAAGCUGCCAACCAUGAUGCCGCCAUUUUUCCUGGAGGCUUUGGAGCUGCCAAAAACCUGAGCACGUUCGCCGUGGAUGGGAAGGACUGCACGGUUAACAAGGAAGUAGAGCGCGUCCUAAAGGAGUUCCACGGGGCCCAGAAGCCCAUCGGCUUGUGCUGCAUCGCGCCUGUCCUAGCAGCCAAAGUGAUCAAAGGUGUCGAGGUCACCGUGGGCCACGAGCAAGAGGAAGGUGGCAAGUGGCCUUACGCUGGAACUGCAGAAGCCAUCAAAGCCCUGGGAGCCAAGCACUGUGUGAAGGGCGUGACCGAAGCUCAUGUAGACCAGAAAAACAAGGUGGUCACGACCCCGGCCUUCAUGUGCGAGACAGCACUCCAUCACAUCCACGACGGGAUUGGGGCUAUGGUGAAGAAGGUACUGGAACUCACAGGAAAGUAGCACUGCCUGGGCUCCAUUCAGCAAGGACAAGAGUUGCCUUUUUGUUAGAAGAAUAGUUGCUUUCUGCCUGAAGAAGGAGCUUUGCCUCCAUCCAUGAUGGGCUCGACCCAGCUCCUUCUACCAGCAAGAAGCUCAGAGCUCCUCCAUGGGCUCCAAUAGCAUAGGGAGCAUCAGCAGUGGGGGCCUGCCUCUCUGUGUGUCCCCAUUGGAAGGAUCUCCUUGAAGCACUUACAUUCUACAAUCCUAGGUCAGAUGGACGGGGGACUCAAGUUCUAAAAGAAGAAAACAUUUUAGGUUUUCAUUAUCAGACCACCGUGUGAUAACCAGACAGACCUUGUUUGUGGAUAAAGAAACGUUCUCGCACCCAAAGUAAACACAGGCUAACUAAAGCCAGGGGAAUUCUGUAGCAGGCAGUCCCUGCAGCCACAGAAUAAACUCCUUUCCACACUGGAAA